AUGUCGACUCAACAAGUGCCACACUUCGCAGAGGAGACCAAGGCACGACUGACUUCCGUGCCUGUCAGCACCUUCUCCUGGUGCGAAUGUGGUGAUGCUCAGUACGGCAGCAAGCAUAUACAGGUCAAACAAAAGCAUGUCAGCCUGCACCCUGGAAAUGCAGCGGCGAUCUCUUACGGAAUAGGAGACUUUGAUCGCUUCGCUCAUCUCUUUGGACAUCACGAACCUGACCAAGAUGGGACCACUCAGCCACUUGAAUUGACGUUCGGAGGAGAAUGGUCUGUCGCAGAUCUGUCCAAAGCAUUCGUCGACCUGAGCAUCGAACAUGGCGCUUUGUGGUUUGAUCAACUGUCUAUACCCCAGGAUCCGGAACUCAUUCCAAUCCAUUUGCAGAACAUACCAAACAUCUAUCGCGCUUUUGAAGUCAUCGCAGCUGCCUUUGAGGCGUAUGAGGCCGGCGACAAGGCGAAAGACAUUACAGAUCCGAAGAACGGCGACUUCCAGCUCUGGCGACGUUUGGAGAUUUGCGUCAACGCGAUUUCCCGCUCCUCCUACUUCUAUCGUCUGUGGACUAAGCAAGAGAUCGUGUACGCACGCGCCAUAUCCUUCCGUUACUGUGCACGCCUCCCAACCGAGCUUUGCACACAGGCAACGGAGCACGAGUGGAGUGUCAGGACAAGGAAAUUGUCGCCGACUCAGCAUCAGUACAUGGGACCAUGGUGCCGGUGGCUGUACGAGCAAAGUCGUCAAAAUGCCGCCACGUAUGGGGAUUUGCGAGAAGAGGCCGCCUGGUCGAUCAUGCGCGACCACCUCGAAGCAGACGCCAGCGAGGCUCAAAUGGACCAACAAUUUUACCUGAUUGCCCGCUGCCUCCUUGGUGAGAAGCUCAAUAGAGGACCGCACGAGAUCGGGAAGCUGGUGCACUUCAGCGACAUGGACAGCAAUCAUGUGGCUAGUGUGACAAAUGACUUCAUCACAGCUGUCUUCCUAUCAUCCAAGUACUACCGCAUACCGGUCAACGCCUCUACGAUGUCCACGGCCGCACUUCUAGACGAUGUGCUGGUGCAGUACGAAACCGGUCUAGACGAGUUGGUCAAGUCGACCACGCCCCGUGGUCUGUUCCAAAUAGACAGCAAGAAUAACUCGGCACGUUGUACACCAUCGUUGUUCUUGCCUGCUCCUGAGGACAUUACUGUAAUGCGGGAUGUCUAUGGCAGCUUGCACACAGCAUCAUUUCAUACACGUACGCCCGCCAAACUGAUAAUGCUCCAACUCACGCCACAGCCAGAAGUACCAACCUCCCGAAUGUUACACGCGACUACGUACUCCAAGGCAUUCCCUGAUGGAGAUCCGACAAGUACAGCUCGUGCAUACCUUUUCGUGCGGCGCGCGGCGGCAAUUGCGCACUACAAUUUCAGUCGUGUCACACAAGAUGCCCUCUCGGCAUGGGCUACCAGUGUCAUCCGUGGCGGAAUCCCCUACAGUGCCGUCAACGGAGUCAAGUGGCCAUCUCCCGCGCACGAGAAGGCGAUAUUUCGAGCUUCGCUGCAUGGUAUGCAUACGGUGAACGUGUGGGGUGACUUUCCGAACAUUGAUCAUGAAAAGGUAGUGUACUCUCUUAUGUGCGACUUUCUAGGAGUGCGCACGGACAUCGCUCGCAAGCACGGCCUGGGUCUUGUCGUGAAGCAGUCCUCUUCAGCCACGGGCACCUCUGAUUGCAUCGGCAUGGUCAACCACAAGAUAUAUCAAGGUUUGCAGGAGAAAGAAGAAUGGCAAAACCGCAAUGGAGGGCCUCCAAUGGACGAGCGUGAUAUGACCAGGAAGACAAUGCUAUUUAGGGAGGACUGGCUGACUGUGUGUAUUGACACUGUCAUACACAGAGGAGGCGCCACAUGCUAUGAAUGCAUGAUUGCCCAGAAUAGGAUCGACGUACUUGACAAGAACGUCGCCAUGUGCAUGGUUGUUGGAGUAUGGUUCAAAGCGUCCAAGGAUGAUGAGCUGAUCGGAGCGCGCUUGACCGUCGAGCGGGACAAGUGCGAUGCCGUUUUGUUCUGA